CUUCUUUCUCCGAAAACAGAAGCUGGCUUUUUAACGAAAGAUGGCCCAGCUUCACAGCAAAACAUGCACCAACUACUCGUAAAACACGACUUCUACUCUCUCCUCUGCCCUCAAGAGUUGAUUAGCUUUACAACAUGUUCAACCCUUUCUUUCUUAGCUAUUUCUCAAAGUAAGUCAUCUGGGUUUGUAUUAUCAUCUAUAAAAAGCACACUUCCUCGCUAUAACUUCUAGCUUGUAACUUGAACCAUGAAUGAGCUGAAGAGAAAUAAGGCACUGAGGCAUAAUGCAUCAGCCAUAGCCAUACCCAUGCCAGUAAACUCUCCACCCUCCGAUGAUCUUACAUCUCCCAAUGAUGUUCACACAAACAGACCUUUUCAUGCACUACGUCGAAGAAUGUUUUCAUGGGUCGUCAUAAAUCCAAAUUCUAGGAAUGCUCAGAUAUGGGGAAAAUUCCUCUAUCUCUUCUUUAUAUAUGCAUUCUUAUUACAAACUACGUUCGUCUUUUUGCAGGCCGCAAGGCAGGACAGAAAUUGCAUAUCUCUUGUGGACUACGAGUUAAGAAUCACAUUGUAUAUCUUGAACAAGUUGAAUGAUAUCAUUUUCCUAUUGCACAUUCUCAUUAAGUUCAAGAUGGCCUCUGUCGAUCUCAAAACUAGAGUUCUAGUUUACGAUCCGAAAAAAGUAGCUCUCAAUUAUAUGAAGUCCUACUUUUUCAUCGACCUUUUCUUAAUAGUACCCGUUUUUCUAGAACUUGUCCAAUACAUAAUCAUACAGACCAAAUGGUCUAACGAGACAACUCGGGCUUUUUUGUUCUUGCAAAAUCUCGCUGUGUUGUGUAGACUACUGUCUUCGUUUGGUGAGCUACCUGUGAGCGCCUAUUUUGACUCAUUGUCAACGAUUUUUUUAUUCAGUAACAUUGCAUUUUUUCUUUUUACUCACGCGGUCGGGGUAUUUUGGUAUUACUUUGCAUUAAGUAGGGUAGAAGAGUGUCUUAAAAAAGCUUGUGGCAAGCCCUGGUGCUUUGAUCUAAUAUCAUGUGAGCCUGCAUAUGAGGAUAAGAAGCUCCAAAUUGAUCUGACAUCAUUGAAUAAAUGGAAGAACAACAAGAAUGCUACGGCUUGUUUUGGUCCAGGCGGUUAUAACUAUGGAAUCUAUGUUCAGGCUGUCAGUCUGAUGAGAAAUUCGGAUAUAAAAAUGCGAUAUAUAUAUUCACUGUCUUGGGGGUUCCAGCAAAUUAGUACUUUGGCUGGAAAUCAAAUUCCAGCUUUCUCCUUCGUGGAAGUUCUCUUCACUAUUUUUAUCACUGUUACGGGUCUUUUGCUGUUCUCCUUCCUCAUUGGAAAUAUGCAGAGCCAUCUCCAAGCUCUGUCACGCAGGAGAUUAGAAAAUUCUGUAAGGAGCUCUGAAAUUGAGCUAUGGAUGAGCCAUCGACUAUUUCCAGACGAACUUAAAGCAAAAAUCCGUGAAUCAGAACGAUAUAAUUGGGUCGCCACCAGAGGUCUGAACGAAUUGAUGCUAUUAGAGAAUCUACCAGAGGACCUUCAAAGAGAUAUACGUCGACAUCUCCUCAAAUUUGACAAAAGCUUCCCCGUUGUUGCCUUAAUGGACGAGUCCAUCUUAGAUGCCAUCAGGGAAAGAAUGAAACAGAAAACAUAUAUGAAGGGAAACAGAGUUUUGGUUCGUGGAGGUCUCAUCGAUAAGAUGGUUUACAUUGUUCGGGGGAAGCUUGAGAGUAUUAGCGAAGAUGAGAAUGUAUAUCCUUUGUCUGAGGGGGAUGUCUGCGGUGCAGAACUUAUUACAUUGUGCCUAGAGCAUUAUGUUCUGAAUAGAGAUAAUGAUAAAUUCAGAAUUCCAGCAGGGAAAUUGGUGAGCAAGAGGACGGUCCGAUGCUUAACAAAUGUAGAAGCAUUUACACUUAGAGCUGCAGACCUGGAGGAUGUCUUCAGUUUGUACUCUGGGCUUCUCAUACAAAAUCCUCUUGUUCAAGGUGCCAUUACCAAGGAAUCGCUUCAUCCAAAGAGUCUUUUGCGCAGUAGAUCAUAUUAAACUUGCACGAAGAUGUUAGAGUACACAUCUGUUCAUUUCAGACCAGCCCCUGCAGCGACCUAGAAUAAUUUCUAGUGCAUCUUUUAAUUAUUAUGUAAUUAGAAUUUCCACUUGCAAUGUGUUUCCAGUGCAACUCUUUUUAUUUCUUGUAAAAGCUCUAUGUAUCCACUGCUUGUUUUCCGAGUUAAAGAAAACUGUCAUCAA